GAGCACGAGUUGCACAACAAUUUCUCCAGCUCCACGCACGACGUCCUCUCCAUCCUCCUCUCUCCCUCCUCCUCCUCCCUCUUCUUGUAAAUAUUUAUCGCUCUCACAACACCAAGGCCGAAGGAGGAAUAAGAGGCAGACGCAAAAAUAUAUUCCACUGCACACUCGCGCGCUUUGCAACGGUGUUCCAUGGGUGUGCUGUGAUGUCUGAGCACUAUGUUUGUGCUAACUUCUAUAAAGCAAAAAUAGAAGAACUAGUGUACAGAGAAUUUUAGCAGUAUUGCCAGCUGCAGCACUUGGCAUGAAAUGUUACCAGGUCCCAGUGCAUACCCUUCCACUAUUUAUAAUGUUGAUUCUUCCGAUGACGAUGAUAUGGAGCCAAUGGUCAAUACGCGAGUGGGAAGGACUAUACACAGAUCCUACAUUGGCCGACGGGUGGGAUGUUCGCAACCAGUCCUCGUCGCUUUGUUCCUCAUAUCUGGCUUUGUAUUCCUCUUCUUCCAGAUGGCAGGGAUGAUGCCCAAGAGACCAGGACCUCCAUCCUUUGCUUGGGCUUCCAAUGUUUCAAGAAACAUCUCAGUCUAUGUGAGACCCAAUGAGACGACUGCGCUGAUGCAGCCUGAGAAUUUUUGCCAGGAGGAACCCUUUUUGGUCUUUGUAGUACCCAGUGCCAUAAAUAACACCAAGCAGAGGGACACCAUAAGGAGAACUUGGGGACAGUGGGCUGGUUGUGGCCCUUCCCCACCGUCUUCCAUUGAAGAAGGAGCAGAGAGCAAAGGCCACACAAGAAAGAAGUCAGUCUUGGCCAAGAUGAUGGUUGCUCCACCUAAGACAUCGAAACUAGUCUUCCUCCUGGGAAAAUCCAAGGGAGACCAGCCCAUCAGUGAGGCCUUACAGGAAGAGAGCUUUAGGCAUGGAGACUUGGUCAUUGAGGACUUCAUCGACUCAUACACCAACCUCACCCUCAAGACAGUGUUCAUGCUGAAGUGGGUUCAUCGCAACUGUCCAACAGUAAAGUUUGUCAUGAAGGUAGAUGAUGACAUUUUUGUCAAUGUAGUUAACCUUCAGAAGACCCUCCUGAACCAAACUAUAACAAAGACACCCCUCUUGAUGGGGAGCCUCAUCUGUGGUGCAAAGCCCAUCCAUGACCAAUGGUCUAAAUGGUACACACCACAGUACAUGUUUCCAGAGAACAAAUAUCCCAACUACUUGUCUGGAACAGGCUAUGUGUACUCUGGGGACAUGGUGGGACGCUUGUUCAAGGCAGCCCUUGCUGCACCUUACUUCCACUUAGAGGAUGUCUUCCUCACAGGGCUGUGUGCACGAAGUAUUGGUGUUCGUCCUGUGGACAACGUGGGCUUCAGUUACCAUCCUCGAGCUGUGAGCCCCUGUCUCUUCAAGGAGGUCAUAAUGGGUCAUGGUGUCGGCCCCUCAACAAUGGUCAAACUCUGGAACAUGCUGAAUGAACCAGCGACAGUUGCCAAAUGCCAUCCUAUAAAGAAAUCAAAGCUAAGAAGUUACAAUCCUAAGUGUUCAUGGAGAUAAGUGAGACUGUGUUAAUGCUGUGGUGCUGUUUGUUAUGGCAUUAAUAAUACUUGUCAAAAAGUACAGUGUGUGUGUGUUUGUGUUGUGACUAUAUUUUUUUUGUUCCACUGAGUCUGAGUACAUAUGAAGGUGUAUUAGUACUUAUGUAUAUAUGGUUGCAAGUGUGUGUGUGCACGUUCUUGUUAGCAAGAUGAAUUGUAUUGGAUAUGAGAAGGAAGUUAGUUUUUUAUUCGUUUUUUCAUUUUUUUCUAAAUUGUCUAUGCUAUUUUAUUUUGGCUUGUUUUGAGACAUGAAAAAAAAAAAAAUUGUGAGCCGUAGAUUGCCAAUGUCACAACCUUCACUGUGAAGGGAGUGUCUACAAACUCAGUCCUUUUUACUGUGAUAUUAAUCAUCAGAAUUAAUGUUGUGUGAAAGGCGUGUGUCAGAAUAUCAGAUAUUUAUACAAUGGAAGGUCCUGCUGUUACAAGUCUUGCCAUCAAUCCUUCUUGUAAUCAUACUCAUUUGUGCUGUUGAUUAAUCAGAUUACCUUUUAGGAGAUGUAGGUUUUAGUUUGGAUUUUAUGGUGAAUCUCACUUUCAUUAUUUUGGGGUAAUGUCUGUCAUUAAUGCACAUUUUUCUCUCAAUUUAUGAGCUUAUAUUUAUCUCAUUAUGGUUAUUAUUUCUUUGCAUUAUAAUGUCCAAUCACACAAGCUUUACUUGUGCAAUUGACUGGAUGGGUGCCAUAAUUGCUCAGACAUGAAAUACAACAGGUAGAUGAUCAUUUUCCCUUGGCAUGAAUGACAGUCAGUACCAUCAAAAGUAGAGAGAAAAUAUUGCCCUUUAUUUAUUUUUUGUGAAUACAUUUAAGGGAAAAUUUAAUUUUCCCUGCAUGUGAUGAUAAAUGCAUUGAUAACUGUAAAUGGGAUGACUGUAGGACUUCAAGAGAGUCUUUUUUUCUAAAUCAACCCAAAGCCACUGGAGAUACAUGCCAUGCCCACUGUCAGUUUAAUUUAUUAAUUGCUUGUUCUCAUAGAUGGCUCCACAAGUCACCAAUGAGCCAAUUAUAGCUACUACUUGUCUCGCCUGUUUACCUCUUUCCUUGAUUUUCAAAAAUAUUUUCUUGUAUGUAAUAUUGCUGUUUGUAAUGUAAAUAACACUUUAAUAAUUAUAAUGUCUAUAAUGAAAACAACAAUAUUGAUAGCUUUAGUAAAAAAAAACACUUUUUCCUCUAAACUCAAGGAAAGGUGAAAUCAGGUGAGGUCACAAGGUCUACUAAUUGACUCCUUUGUGGCUAAGCACUUGGAGAGCCAUCUGUGUGCAGAUACAUUUGCCAAAACAACACUACAGUGAACACAACAUUUUCCUGGAGGCUUUGGGUUAAGAACUUUACAAGUAAUGAUAAGUAGACUUGUUUCUAUAGAAUCUUAUAUGUCUCUCAUCAGGCAUAUAAAUGGCAACAUAUCAUUUAUUUAAUUAUUUAUCUUCUGUAGCUGCUGCAGAACUUGACUGAGAAAAGUAAUACAUUUCUCAAGGUUUUGAGAUGGUGAUGAUAAUGACAAGAGCAUGUUGAAAUUGAGGACAACAGGAUGCCUACAAGUUUGCAUUGAUCGGACAUUGUUGCAGAGUGCAUUGUAUUAUUGAUAGCAAUUCCUUAGCUGUGGUGGAAAACAUUUGUUGCUGAAGAUAGAAAUUUGAUAUUGAAACCUGGUUAGAGAGGGUGCUGGUUUUUUUCUUUCUUUCUUUCAUUUCUUUAUACUUAUAUAGGUAAAAGAAGAAAAUUGAAAGCUUUGCAAUAACUGGGUAGGUAAGAAGCAAAGAAAAGAAGAGAAAAGAAAAGAAAGAAGUUAAAAAAAAAGUAUAUAAUUGUUAUUAUCAGGAGAAUAAGUGUCUGAAAAGGAAUUUUUGUUAUAAGGCUGUUGGAAUUAGAUUCAGAUUUUAAGUCAAGAAUU